GAUAAUCUUCCCUGAACUCACGGUUGGAAUAUGGACACCAGCCAAGUUUCUGUCUCAUCGCAGGCCGCUCAGCGGCAAGUGCGCGUGCAGCUCACCAGUAAACAAGAGGAUAUUGCCUUGCCUGACAACACAGGCCCAAUCUUAGUUCCUACCGGUUUGAAGCGAUAUGCACUUUCGACACUGGUGAAUAAUCUUCUGGGUAAUGACAAGCCGAUCCCGUUCGAAUUCCUUAUCAACGGAUCCUUUCUCCGGACGUCGAUAGAUGAAUACCUUACUGCGAAUGGGAUAUCAGCGGAAACUACAUUGGAGAUUGAAUAUGUUCGCGCAUUAAUACCGCCUUUGCAUAUCGCUUCCUUUGAGCAUGACGACUGGGUAAGCUCUAUCGAUGUACUCUCCACAUCUUCGCCCGCUUCGGCAGGUUCAGAUGCUAUAGCCCGUGGCCAGGAGCGGAUUCUCUCUGGUAGUUAUGACGGGUUUCUUCGAGUUUGGAACAUGUCUUCCCAGGUGAUCGCAACUUCGCCGUCACCGACCGAUGGUGGGCAUAUUUCCUCUAUCAAAGCCGCCAAAUUCAUCUCUCCGAGCUCAAUUGCGUCGGCAGGUCUCGACCGGACAGUGCGCUUAUGGAAGUAUACUGAGGCCGAAGAUGGCUUCUCUGGGAAGAUUGUCCCGCAAGUCGAGCUGUAUGGACAUAAGUCAGGAAUCAACUCGUUAGCCGUACAUGCAUCCACAAAUCGCAUACUUUCGGCUUCGGCGGACCACAACGUUGGUUUCUGGUCGACCAAGAAAUCAGACGCUCCAGCCGCUCCUGAAAGUCUACUUCCAUCAGCUGCCUCGAGAACCUCAAAAAGGAGGAAGUUAAAUGCUUCCGUGAGCGUCUCACAACGCGGGCCCCUGGCCCUCCUAUCUGGCCAUACUGCACCUGUGUCCGAUGCAAUAUUCGACGCCAGAGACUCGACAGUCGGAUAUUCAGUGUCUUGGGAUCACUCGCUGCGUACUUGGGAUCUUGUUACCGCCGCUUUAGUAGAUACGCGCACAACGUCCCACUCGCUUCUUUCGCUCCAGCACCUGCCCGAUCACAACCUCCUCGCCACUGGAACAUCUGCCCGUCACAUCACUCUCAUAGAUCCCCGUGCGUCAGCAGCAACAAUUUCGGCCAUGACUCUCCGGGGUCAUACAAAUGCCGUGGUUUCGUUAGCUCGGGACCCGCACAGCAUAUAUGGCCUUAUUAGUGGUAGUCACGAUGGUACAUGUCGAAUCUGGGAUUUGCGUGCUACGAAAACAGAUAAAGGCGGUGCCGUGGGUGAAAGCGUAUAUUCUAUCUCACGGAAGAGCUUGGAGGAAGAGGGCAAGGCGAACAGCAAGCGCGUGGGAGGUGAGGGUGUCAAAGUCUUUAGCGUGUGCUGGGAUCGUGAGGUGGGCAUUGUGAGCGCCGGUGAAGACAAGCGAAUUCAAAUCAACCGCGGCGAGGGCGUAUUGUCUUCUAGUUAA